GAAGAAGAGGAGGAAGAGGAGGAAGAAGAGUUGGUGGUACCCACCAUCACCCCCCCACCAUCAUCAUCAUCAUCAUCACCCCCCCAUCACCCACCCCGAGCCAACGCAGCCGCAGGACCAGGCGCACGGCUGCUGAGAACCUGCCCCAGACUUCCACCCGGGCAUCUGUCUCCUCCGAAGAAGUAACCAGUGUGUGGAGCCUGCCCCACACCCGCCACCUGCCAAAUCACGGCCUUUACCUGCGUCUUCCGGUGUUUCCCGUGUGACCCGUCCUGUGGGAACGCCUCCUGGGCCGCCCCUGAGUUCCCUCAGCAUUCGGCGGCGCCAAUGGUGAAGAUGACGAGAUCCAAGACUUUCCAGGCUUACCUGCCUUCCUGCCACCGCACCUACAGUUGCAUCCACUGUAGGGCUCACCUGGCAAAUCACGAUGAACUCAUUUCCAAGUCGUUCCAAGGAAGCCAAGGACGAGCUUACCUCUUUAAUUCAGUAGUUAAUGUGGGCUGUGGACCUGCAGAAGAACGGGUGUUGCUCACAGGACUCCACGCGGUCGCAGAUAUUUACUGUGAAAACUGCAAAACCACCCUGGGCUGGAAAUAUGAACAUGCCUUUGAGAGCAGCCAGAAGUAUAAAGAAGGCAAAUACAUCAUUGAACUAGCGCACAUGAUCAAGGAUAAUGGCUGGGAUUGAACGGAGGCAGAGUCCACCCAAACCUGUGUCUAAGCGAAUGCCAUCCAACCGAACAUUAUACCCAAGAAUGAGAGAGUGACUGAACGUUUGGUUCCACCCAUUUAGAGGCUUUCCCCACCCGGGGGCAUCCUCCCACCCUAACUCCAUCUUGACUGGUGACUAGCCUCUAAGCUGCCGUCUCUCUGUCUCUACGCUUUGUGUCUGUUGUGUGAGUUGACCCUGGCUUCUCUCUCUGUUCUAGUGUUGGCUAAAAAGAACGAAUGCACCGUAAGCUCGGCCACGUUCCACUCCGACGAAGGGGUGAGAACCCACCGAAACAGGCCGCCGGGGGCUGGGUGGGGGGAGGCAGCAUUUGAGCCGGAUAGCGGUGGUACAGGGACUGGAGAAGGAAAGAGACCCCUGAACAUCCUGGGGCUGGGGGGUGGGAGGGUGGAGGCAAGGACGAGGUUUUGUUGCUCCUAAAGUCCUGGUUGUCCAGGUUUGAAAAGAUCAACUUGUCUGUGAGGACAAAAAAAACAACAAAAGAAAAAAUACCUCAUGAUCACGUUCUCUCUUUGACCAGAAAUUUCUGUUCCUGACACCGGCGUGUGUGGGUAUCAAACUGAGCGCGAUUGUGGCCCCGGUCCCUUUCACCUGCUUCAGGGGCAGGUGGCUGGUUUCCCCGGGUGGAAACCAAUGGCUGUGGUGAGUGCGCGUGGGGUUUUGAUGACUUGCUCACGUCUCAACCAAUCCCCGAGUUGUUUUCUCCUCUGCCCCUUCUGCAAGAGGGAAAACUGCCUUGCAUCCGUCAAACGCCCAAGACCCAAUUUUCCCAAGAAAGGAAGGGGACCAAAGCCUGGGACAAGGGGCCCAAUAAAUAGGGAAGGUGAGAGAAUAGCCCAGACUGAAGAGGAAGCUUAGAAGAUGCUCCAGGAACAGUUCGGAUCUCGGGUGGGUUAAAUCGCGGCCGAAAAGGGGUCAGAGAAACCAAUUUGGAGAUGGUUCUCUCAUUCCCGUUCCUCCCUGAGAGCAGCUAGUCUUAGCGUUGACUCCAGGAUGAGCUAGAAGUCAGCAUUCCUCCCAGAGAGUGGGGUAUCCUUCGAUGGAAACAGCAGUGGAGAAUGGAUCCCUUGGCCUGCAGACCUGUCUUUCCAGGCCAUUGAAGAUCAAAUAAUGAAGCCCUGCAAUUUCCCUUGUUGUUAUUUAGACGGGUGAAUCGGGGCAGCAAAGGAGAGUGAGUGAGUUGGAUGACUAACUAGAAAUAACAAAUCAAAUAUCAUCUUUUCCCCAAACUCCAUGAUAACGGAGGAGGAGGGUUCGUGAGGGAAAGAGAAGUUCGUUAUGUUUUAUCAACACUGUGAAAUUUGUUCUACAGCAAAUCCAGCCAGAAUCUGGUGCAUGACAUAAAACUUAUUUAACUGAGUUAAGUUCGUUUCUUAGCUUGAAAAAUAUUGUUGUUACUGUUGUUGUUCUUGUUACUGUUAUUAUUUAAAUGCGUGUGAUUCUCAGCAUCUCGUUCUUCAAGUAGAUCGAUCCAGUAGGAAAAUCCACCUCGGUGUCACAGAUAGUGUGUUGAUGAAAGUGGGAAUCUGAAAUCCAAUGUUCCGCUGUCUGAUGUGUAGAUCAGUGGAUUCAAGAAGUUUUUAGGAUUGACUCUGGAUUGAAUGGAAUCAGAUUUCCACUCAGGGUGGGCGAUCGGGGGCAGUGGAAGGGUGUAAAGGAAUGGGAGGUGGUCUCCCUGGUCACUCACUCAGAUGUGGUAAAAUCAAUUUGAAAACAUAGAGUUCUGACCGACAAGGAGACUUUUAUCGGCUCUGGAAGCUGAGUUGCUCCAGGGUAGGACUGGGCUGGCUUGUGAAAGAGCAUUUAGUCUCUGGCAUCUUAUUUGCUCCCAGCAAAAUGCCAGCACCUUUCCGUGCUCUUCCAACACUGGGCAGAAUGCAGCCAGUCUCAAAAUUGCCCUGGCAAGUUUCACAGGGGAAACUGAGGCAUGGGGAGAUGAGAGUAGUCGGUUCUGGCCGCCAGAGGUAGAUCCUGUCAGAAUGGACAGAUUGGCACCGGAUUUUAGCUUCUGGCCAUCUGAUCAGCUCCCCGGUCCCAUCCAAAAAACCCUUGAAGCUCCAACAAUUCUGAGUGAGCCCCCCCGUUCACAACUAGUCGUAUCCCCAUCUAUUCCCACUGGGCAACCCAUAGAUUAGGGCCACUGGAUUUGCUCAAGGAAAAUCCCUUUUGCAUAGACUCCCUUAAGCAGGGACUGGAGUUUUCUCAACCCUAAGGGACUUGAUCCCUUGGGAGUUGCUUUGUUAAAAUGUUUGGAAGCUGAGGAUAUUUUUUGAGAUUUAAUUUGAACUGGAGCUGUCAGGAUGUGUAUUUGAGUUCCGUGAGGUCCAGGGGAAGACCAGUUUUGCUGUUCAUGAGUUCCUGAGGGAGCAGGCCCUGACUUCUGCUUCAGUCUGACAAGCCAAUGACCAGAUUCUCUUUCCUGUUCCAUCCAAUUCUGUAAAAAUUGAGCGCUUAUCGGGUGCCCGAUGUGCUAAAAAGCCAAUAGGAUGAUGCUUUCUGUCCCAAAUGCAGAUAACCUCCCUCUUUAGGCCUACUUCCCUUUGUCAACUAAACCUAAAGUGCUUCUUAUAACUCGCGGUCCACCCAUGGCCCUUCCAUUUAACGUCUGGAAGCCUUCAUUCAUUCGUAUUUAUUGAGCGAUUACUGUGUGCAGGAAGCAUUGGCGACCGCAGCCGGGAAAUCGAACGGCAUCAGCUGGCGGGCUCAGUUAGUUCAUUCUUUCUUUCAGUCAGUCGUAUUUAUUGAGCGCUUACUUCACGCAGAGCACUGUACCAAGUGCUUGGGAGAGUACAGUGUAACAGAGUUGGCAGACCCGUUCCCUGCCCACAACAAGCUUGCAGUCUGCCAUAACCUACUCAGAGUAUAACUAAAGACCUCACCCGCACAGGCCACUGGUAGAUCCAGCUCACUGGAGUGAGUAUGUGGAGCUGUGGGGGGAAGGUAGGGGAGGGAGAGGGAAGAAGGGAAUGGCUGCCUUCAUUUUCAAACCAAAAGUGUCCAGUUUUCAGUUCACCGGGCGCUCGUGGCCUGCCUCGGCCUGGACUGAGACGCUGAGGGCCGGAGCCUGUCACCUGAGUCUGCUCCUCGCAUCUCAAACGAAGGGGAACAGGAUGGGCUAAAAUUAAAAUGAGGCGGGUCACCCGUGCUGGGAGAGCGGUCUGCCGAACACGGGUCCUCUCGAUGCAAGUUUCCGCCGGUAACGUGUGCAGAACAGGAACGCCCGCUUUUGAAAUCUACCUUUGUAAAUAAUAUUUAAUUUUUUAAAUAAUAUAUUUGGUGCUGUUUUCUCAGAUACCCUGAGAGCACUUUUUCUUUUGUUUUGAAAUUCUCCUGUAUCCUUGGCAUUUCUUGAGAGACGUUUUAAGGGAAACACCGACCACCGGUGAACUCUGUUUUCUCUAAUGCUGUUGUUGUGUUCGGAGGAUGCGAAAGAGCAGUGCUUCUGCUUUCUUUAUUCCAGUAGAACUGACAUCGGUGGUCCAUCGCCAGAUUGUGCAUUGAAUUCUCUCUUGCACCAGGAUUGGCUAGAAAAGACAAAGAAAGAUGAAAUCUGUUGACAUGCAUUAAGUUGCGACUCAGAAUGUUUUCUCUAUUUGAGGCAAUUUCCGACACAUUGGAAUCUCAUUUUUAACCGUCUGUGUUUUAGAAGUAUUUUUGGAUGUGGCUCCCACUUUCCUUUUCACAGGGGACACUCUGGUAGCUACAGUGAAGUUUACACCUCCAGCAGUAAGGUUUUCUUUAUUAUUAUUAUUUUUUGCUUUCUCUUUUGAUUGUUCAUCCUCUGUCUCCAAGUGGACCAACAGCACAAACCAUUGGGAUGCGUUCUGCUGGAUGUGGAGCCGUUUGCUCUGUUGCGUUGCCGCUGCACGCUCUUUUCUUUUUUUCUUUGUGCACAACUUCUAAACAUAAUGAUGGAAUCUGUUGUCCGUGUAAAAAUCAAAGAAGUCAAACCUAGAUGUUUUCUAAUUGCGCCGUGAGUGUAUUCCUUAUGUGAACAUUUAUGGAACACAUGCCUGCGGGUAAACAGCUUUUUAAAAUGUCAGAAACCUCAGGGUCAGGAAGAGACCUGAGAAAUCAAAUCCUCGAAACGAUGAACUUCUAUCACCUUUAACAGCACUAUCCAAAGUGAGAAAACACUGCAGAAGUGGGAAUGGGGUUAAAUUAAAAUGUAUACAUUAAAGCCCGUUGGCGUCUUGGGGUAAUGAAGGAGGGGACAUAAAUUAUUCCCACCUGACCAAAUUCUUCACGAUUUUAAUUUUUUUGUUCAGAAUUUGGGUGAGUGGGAUCGCUCUCCAUUCCCAACCCUCAGAGAUUUUCUUUAAUCUGUUAAUGCUCUUGUGUUUACAAAUUGUGUUAAUUGUUAAGGGGUUGGCAGGGGAGGGGGCCAUUCUUUCAUGUCACCUUGAUUCAGUAACAAAGGUAAUUGUUUUCAGAUGAUUUGUCUUCACCUUUUUCUGUACUGGUACACAGUGAUUCAGUAUUAGUGGAAAGUGCAUUGUUUCUGUCAGUUCCAAUCUGUGUUGGUGCUCAUUUGAGAAAAUAAAGUUUUCAAAUAUUAA